GUGAGCGGCUCCGUCCGAUGUGACGUAGCCUUGGAGGCGUUGGCUCGGCACAGUGUCACACACACACACACACACGAGAAGAAGACGUCCAGUCCGCCGAUCAUCUCCCUGACUCAACCCGGGGCUGACACCGCUGGAGACCUUUAAACGUCCUCUGGUUCUUCUCAUCUGCACUCAGGUCUUCGUCGGAACCCGUCGAAAUGAUCAAGAACGGUCACCACCACCACGCUGCAGGCGGCGACCGGCGGGACGGAGCCGGGUGCGGUGAGCCGCCUGGCUCGGUGUGUAGCCCGGAGAAAAGGAAGCGCGUCGUCCGUUUGUGGUGUGACGGCUGUUAUGACAUGGUGCACUACGGUCAUUCCAACCAGCUACGUCAGGCCAAAGCCAUGGGAGACUACCUCAUAGCUGGAGUACAUACAGAUGCGGAGAUUUCCAAGCACAAGGGUCCUCCGGUCUUCACUCAGGAAGAGCGCUACAAGAUGGUGCGGGCCAUCAAGUGGGUGGAUGAGAUAGUGGAAGGAGCACCUUACGUCACCACCCUGGAGACUCUGGACAAGUACAACUGUGACUUCUGCGUGCACGGAGAUGACAUCACACUGACCGUAGACGGCAAAGACACAUAUGAUGAGGUGAAGCGUGCAGGCCGUUACCGAGAGUGUAAACGCACUCAGGGUGUCUCCACCACUGACCUGGUGGGACGAAUGCUCCUCAUGACCAAAGCCCAUCACAGCAACAUAGAUAACCCAGAUUACCAGCAGCAUACAGACAAUUUUGGAAAGGGUCCAAAAGGCCACAGUCCAUGGACAGGAGUGUCCCAGUUCCUCCAGACAUCCCAGAAGAUCAUCCAGUUUGCCUCAGGAAAAGAGCCAAAGCCAGAUGACACCAUUAUCUAUGUGGCUGGAGCGUUUGACCUCUUCCACAUUGGCCAUGUUGACUUCCUAGAGAUGGUGUAUAAGCAGGCAGAGAGGCCGUAUGUCAUCGUCGGUCUGCACUUUGACCAGGAAGUGAAUCGGUACAAGGGGAAGAACUAUCCAAUCAUGAACAUCCACGAGAGAACACUGAGUGUCUUGGCCUGUCGGUAUGUGUCAGAGGUGGUGAUUGGUGCACCCUACGCAGUGGGCAAAGACCUUCUAGAUCACUUUAAGGUGGAUCUGGUGUGUCAUGGCAGGACAGAUGUGUUUCCUGACAAGGAUGGUUCAGACCCGUACGCUGAGCCUAAGAAGAGGGGGGUAUUCAGGACCAUCGAUAGUUCCAAUAAUCUCACCACUGAUGACAUCGUCCAGAGGAUCAUUGAAAACAGGCUGCAGUUUGAGGCCAGGAACCAGAAGAAGGAGGCCAAGGAGAUGGCGGUGAUCGAGGCGAUGAAGAAGAGAGAGCAGCAGGAGCAGAGCGAUGCUGCGGCCCAGACUGCUCACUAACGAGACCUCAGACCUGGAUCCAACUGGUUCUUUGUCUGAUUUAAGCUUUAAGAUGGCGGACUCAAAUGACCUAGACAGAUGGUCCAUGUUGUUUUAAACGAGGCCUGGCUGCGGGUGAAACAGCCAGUGGGGACAGAAUCGUGCUUUUUAGUAUUAGGUGAGGCAGUGUGUCCCACUUUUAACUUCUUCCAGUUCUCUUGUCCAUACAUUAGUCCAGCCUGUGCAGGAUUUCAUUAGAUCUGCCUUAACAAGAACACAAAGAAUCCAAACAUUUACUACACUGUUCAGUAUCUAUGUUUGUAUCCAUGCAUUCACACAACCUUGUGUCCCUGUAUAGGUGUUAAGUGCUAUUUUACGUUUUUAAUCAUCCAUAACUUAUUGAAAAAAUAUUAAUGUGAUUGUCAGUUUUGUUUUAAGAUUUUAAACCAAAUUAGUUUUUAAUGAUCAGUCAGUGAGGUUGGAUGUUUCUAAUACAAUGGAGGAUGUAGAUUUAUUUUAAUAUCUUUGAUUUUGUCCAUCCUUAAUGAAAAAGCAAUUACUACGUGAAAAGAUCUGUGAAUUAGUCUUCUUAAUUUGAACUGUGGAUUUUAACGACAUGAAUUUGCACCGUAUGUCUGUUUGUGCGUUGAGUGUGAGAGAGAGAGAGAGAGCGUUGCACUGUAAAUUACAGUAGUGCCUCAUUCUUGAAGCUAUAACUAUGCGAGGUUGGUGAAAUGUUUGAAACCGUUUGAAGGUCUGUCUCUACAACUGAGAUGGAAGUCCUACUUUCUUCAGUCUACGUUCAAGAAAUGUGUUAAAAAUGUGAAAACUAGAAUGUCCUCUUCACAAGACAAUCCAAGAAUGUAAAGAUUUUGGAGUAUCACUGUUGAAACUGUUGAAAGUAAUUGUCUGUUCCUUCUCAUCAUACGAGACACAUUACUUGGACGUGAAUUGUUAAUUGUAGCGAGAUGGCGUGUUUUUCAAAGUGUGUGUGGGUUGGAAGGUGGGAUGGUGGGAGCCAGAGAAAUAAAUAACUUUCUAAAUAUUA